AAAAGGUAAACGCUCUCAGCAAGGAUCAUCAGUGCGGUUCGACUUUCUUUACGCUUUUCACUUCUCGAGCUGAUACAAAAUGAAAGUAAUUGGUGUUUCCUUCAUGCUCGCUCUGGCGUUGGGCUCAACAUUAGCGGGAUAUGCAGAGAGUGAAGGUCAUGACCAAGGAGGAGGCGGAUAUGACCUAAGUGGCGGUCAUGACUAUGAAGGAGGCGACCAAGGAUGGCAAUCCAGCGGAGGCGGAGGCGACGGCGGUGGACAAAUAGAGUACCACCAGGCACCUACUAAACACUUCGAACAGACGAAAGCAGUGCCAGUUCAUAUCGUAAAGAAAGUAGGGGUCCCUGUUCCCCAUCCAGUGGGAGUUCCAGUCCCACAAGUUAUUAAAGUACCAGUACCUCAACCCUAUCCCGUGCACAUCAAUGUACCGCAACCAAUUCCCAUUCCGAUCUACAAGUUGGUACCUCAGGAGAUUGAAAAGAAGGUCCCCAUUCACGUGGAGAAAUUGGUGCCUGUUUACAUCAAGAAGCCCUACAAGGUGGAAAUCGAGAAACACUACCCAGUGCACGUCAACAAGCCAUACCCCGUCCAUGUUCCAGUAUACAAGCAUGUUUACCAUGAAACCAAACACGAAAAGUACGUCGACCAUGGUGGCAAAGGAUGGCAAUAAGUUUACGGUGUGCUGAAUCUACGUGUCAUCUUUACCCUAUUUUUAAGCCAUUGUUUUCCCAUUCCCAUUCACCCUUUCAUCCCUACAUCUACCUUGUUGCUAAUUUUAUUUUUGUAUUGUUGAUUUUUGUUAAUAAAACUUGAAAG